CAGUCUUGUCUCAAAAUUUGUUUUGCUAAAUUGUUCAAUUAGAACCGUUCAAUCUGAAACACACAACCCAUAGGGCUUCAUCGUCCAUAUCUCACUGAUGUUAUACCGGACUUUCUGUUAACAAUUAAAAAAACAAAAACCAUAGAUAAACCAAAUCGAUUUUCGAAAUGCUUUUGGCCCGUUUAACCCAUGUGUUGCCAGGGCGAUCGCUGCGCCUUUUGGGCCAGACAGGAGGUCCUCGUCUUUGGAGCUCCGCUCAGUCCCAGAUCACGGGUAAUCCUAGGAGGAUGCCUACUCUAGCUCAAGGUAAAUCAGUGAUGCCCAAGCGGGAUAUGCAGGAGCUUGGGAUGAGGAAGUACUCCAGGGAGUCGAGGGACCGCGACCGAUCCCACUUGGAGAGUCGAACCAGAGGACCCUCUCUCAAGGACCGCAUGAUGGGGCCUCCCAGCGAGAAUGCCUACUCCAUGGGAAAGGGAGCUGCGGCGGGAGCGGCCCUGAUGGGCCUCGUCGGUCUGUGUUACUACGGACUGGGUCUUUCGAAGCAGCCCAGUAUCUACGAUCACUCGGUGGUCUGGCCCCAGUAUGUGAGGGAUCGCAUCCAUGCCACCUACGCCUAUUUUGGAGCCUCCUGCGGCGUAACAGCAGCGUCGUCCGUUGCCAUUUUCCAGUCGGACGCCAUGAUGUCGCUGAUGAUGCGUUCCGGAUGGAUUGCCUCGUUGGUUACCCUGGGACUGGUGAUGCUCAGCGGGGCCGUUGCCCAGGGCAUGGACUAUCAGCCGGGCUUCGGUGCCAAGCAGGUGGCCUGGCUGGCCCACUGUGCCGUUUUGGGGGCCGUCCUGGCGCCCAUGUGCCUGCUGGGCGGACCCAUCCUGACCAAGGCCCUUCUCUACACCGGCGGCAUUGUGGGUGCCCUGUCCACGGUGGCCGCUUGCGCACCGAGUGAGAAGUUCCUGAACAUGGGCGGACCCCUGGCCAUCGGACUGGGCGUGGUAUUCGCCUCCUCGCUGGCCUCCAUGUGGCUGCCGCCCACAACUGCGGUUGGCGCGGGGCUAGCCAGCAUGUCCCUGUACGGCGGACUGAUCCUUUUCAGCGGGUUCCUACUGUACGACACCCAAAGGAUCGUAAAGUCGGCCGAAAUGCAUCCUCAGUACAGUAGCUCGCUGUACGAUCCCAUUAAUCACGCCCUGGCCAUUUACAUGGAUGCCCUGAACAUCUUUAUCCGCAUCGCAAUUAUUUUGGCGGGAGACCAAAAGCGAAAGUAAUGAAAAUACUUGGCUCCUUGGUCAGAGAUUUUGGAAACAAAUAAUAACACACUUAAUAAGGUACCAAAAUAUACCAAAAUGAGUUAUAAAUAUCUAUUAUAUAGAUAGUAAUAUAAUUUUCUUUGGAUUAGUAUUUUGAGAAACUUUUGCCAUCACUACAAAAAAUUUGGUCAUUCAAUGGUUUUCAAGAAAUAAAAAAAUAGGAAAGAAUAAAUUCCCU